AUGUUUUCGAUCCAGAGCAUCGUGCAACGGGGUGGUCUCCAUCCCUCCCUCAACCCUCCUAAUCCCUCCCUCCGGCCUCCCCUGGCUCUCCCCAGCCCUCCAUCCCUCCCUCCCUCCCUCCGGCCUCCCUCCGGACUCCCUCCGGCCUCCCCCCAGCCCUCCAUCCCUCCUCCUCCGGCCUCCCUCCGGCCUCCCCCCAGCCCUCCCUCCUCCGGCCUCCCCCAGCCCUCCAUCCCUAGCCACCCUCCCAUCUCUCCCCCACCUCUUCCUCCGUCAAAGGCUCCUAGUCCGCAACCAGCAGCCCUGAACAGACCCCACCCACCCCCAGUCCUCCCCCAGUCCUCCCUCAGUCCUCCCGCUCCCCAGUCCUCCCUCAGUCCUCCCUCAGUCCUCCCUCAGUCCUCCCUCAGUUCUCCCGCUCCCCAGGCCUCCAGCCUGGCCAUGUCUCCAGCUCUCAGGCCCAAUCAGUCUCAUCCACGGAGUGACAGGACACGGCUCCAACACAGAGUUCCCAACACAGGGUCCCAAAACAGAGUUCCAACACAGGGGCCCAACACAGAGUUCCAACACAGGCUCCCACACAUCAGAGUUCCAACACAGAGUUCCCAACACAGGGCUGCCCAACACAGGGCUCCCAACACAGGGCUCCAACACAGAGUUCCCAACACAGAGUUCCAACACAGGGUUCCAACACAGAGAGUUCCCAACACAGAGUUCCGCAACACAGGGCUCCCAACACAGAGUUCCCAACACAGGGCUCCCAACACAGGGCUCCCAAACAGGUUCCCAACACAGGGCUCCAACACAGGCUCCAAGCACAGGGCUGCCCAACACAGGCCCCCGGCUCCCACACAGGCUCCAACAGGCUUCCAACCACAGGGCUCCGCAACACAGGGCUCCCCAACACAGGCUUCCAACACAGGCUCCCAACACAGGGCUUCCAACACAGGGCUUCCCAACACAGGGCUGCCCAACACAGGGCUCCCAACAUACGGCUCCCAACACAGAGCUCCCAGCACAGGGGUCCAAGCAGAGGGCUCCCAACACAGGGCUUCCAACACAGGGCUCCCAACACAGGGCUCCCAACACAGGGCUCCCAACACAGGGCUCCCAACACAGGGCUCCCAACACAGGGCUCUACUUAUUACUUUCAAA